AUGCUUCUCCCCAAGACACUGGCCCUGGCCGCCUUGGUCAGCCAAGUCCUCGCGCAGCCCGCCCCCUUCCCGCUCUCUUCUCUGAAGCUGCUCCCCUCUCGAUGGAUGUCCAACCAGGACCGCACGUUGAGCUACCUCCUCGACGUCGACGUUGACCGUCUGCUGUACAACUUCCGCGCCAACCACGGCCUCGACACCCAGGAUGUCACUGUCAACGGUGGCUGGGACGCACCCGAUUUCCCCUUCCGCACGCAUGUCCAGGGCCACUUCCUGACGGCGUGGUCGCACUGUUGGGCCGUGCUCUCAAACGAAGAGUGCAAGUCGCGCGCCGAGUACUUUGUCCAGGAGUUGGCCAAGUGCCAGGCGAACAAUGAGGAGGCUGGCUUCGGCACGGGCUACCUCAGCGGGUUCCCCGAGUCGGAGUUUGCCAAGGUCGAGGACAGGACGCUGGACAAUGGCAACGUCCCGUACUACUCUAUCCACAAGACCAUGGCCGGCCUGCUCGACGUGUACCGCCAACUGCAGGAUGAGACAGCCCUCGAGGUGCUCGUUCGCAUGGGCGACUGGGUCGACGCACGCAGCGCCGCCCUGAGCGAGGCGCAGAUGCAGGAGAUGCUGCAGACCGAGUACGGCGGCAUCAACGACAUCUUUGCCCAGAUGUACCUCGAGACGGGGACAGCCAAGUGGCUCGACGUGGCCCAGCGGUUCGACCACCACCGCAUCUUCAACCCCCUCGCCGAGGGCCGCGACGAGCUCGCCGGCCUACACGCCAACACCCAAGCCCAAAAGCUCAUUGGCGUCUGGCACGAGUACGAGGCGACCAACGACACGUACUACCUCGACGUCGCCCGGAACGCGUGGUCCCUCGUCGUGCACGCGCACUCGUAUGCGGUCGGCGGCAACUCGCAGGCCGAGCACUUUCGCGACCCGGACGCCAUCUCCACGUAUCUCGACGAGGACACGUGCGAGACGUGCAACACGUACAACAUGCUCAAGCUGACGCGCGCGCUGUUUACGCAUGACCCGGAUGGCACAACGACCUACUUUGACUUUUACGAGCGCGCCCUGCUGAACCACUUGCUGGGCGUGCAGCACCCGCAGAGCGAGCACGGGCAUAUUACCUACUUUACGCCCCUGAACCCAGGCGGCCGGCGCGGUGUCGGGCCUGCGUGGGGUGGCGGCACGUACAGCACCGACUAUGACAGUUUCUGGUGCUGUCAGGGGACCAGCCUCGAGACCAACACCAAGUUCAUGGACUCCAUCUACUGGCAGGAUGAAGACGUCUUGUACGUGAACCUGUUCAUCUCGUCAGAGGUGCAGUGGGACAAGGUCACGGUGCGGCAGGAGACCAACUUCCCUGUCGAGGAUACGACCACGCUUACAGUUGAUGGCGAUGGUGACUUCGAGGUGCGCCUCCGGAUCCCAAGUUGGACAGCCGGUGACGCAUCGCUCACGGUCAACGGCGAGGUCAGCGAUGUUGUCCUUGACGCAGGGCGCUACGCCUCCGUUCAAAGGACAUGGUCGUCGGGAGACAAAGUAGAACUCACGCUACCCAUGGAUCUGCACACGAUCCCGGCCAACGACGACCCCAACGUCGCCGCGCUGGCGUACGGACCCACGGUGCUGUCGGGGAAGUACGGGGAUCGAUCUCUCGACGCGCUGCCGGUGCUGGAUGUGAACAGCGUCGAAAAGGUGAGUGAGGGAUUGGUGUUUGAGGGCAAGGCGGAUGGCGAGACGGUUGAGCUGGGUGGGUUUUAUGAUGCGCACGAUGUGAACUAUAACGUGUACUGGCGGUUGAGCGAGUAA